UCUGCCCUAGCCGAACGGCGGUGCAGGCCGCGGUUCAGUGCUCAGCCGCGGCCCUGGGCCCCUAGUGGCCUCGCCCCGGGCAGCACGCCCGCGGUUAUCGCGCGGGAUCUGCGCGGCUGCCUCGCCUCUGCGCGGCGGGGGUUUCGUCGGCUCCUGGCGAGCGCGCACCGGCGGGGGGAGCGGAGGCGCCGCGGCUGGGGUGGAUCCGGGCAGGGCUGGGCCGGGUUUUUUUCUUGCCUGAGGAGCGGCACAUGUAAACUGAAGCCAAAAGUCCCCCCUGAGCUCAUGAGCGUGUGUGUGUGUAUGUGUGUGUGUGUGCGCGGGCUGCUGUGUGCCUAAUAGGAAAUAGUAAAAGCAGUGAGGCAGGUCAUUUUGGGAGCGAUUAUAAUCCAGUCCUGGUCACCACAUACACGGAGAGCGGGAUCGGUGAGCGCACGGGCGAGCGGCGACGGCAUGAGCGCAGCGUAGAGGCACCAGCGGCGGCGGCGGCGGCGGGAGCAGCGCCCCGUGCCCGCGCCCGCGCCCCCGCCCGCCGCUGCCCCCUCCCAGAUGAGCUCCUACUUUGUCAACCCGCUGUACUCCAAGUACAAGGCGGCGGCGGCUGCGGCGGCGGCGGCGGCGGCGGCGGCGGCGGGGGAGCCUAUCAAUCCCCCGUACUACGACUGUCACUUCGCGCCCGAGGUGAGCGGCCGCCACGCCGCCGCAGCCGCUGCCGCCGCCCUGCUCUACGGGAACGGCGCGGCCGCCGGCGGCUUCCCGCACCCCGCGCCCGGAGGGGCGGGGGGCGGCGGCGGCGGCGCAGCAGCGGACUUUUACCACCCGGCCGGGGGGAGCCCCACGGCCGCCUACCAGCCGCCUCCUCCUCCCCCCGCCGCGCCUCCGCCUCCUGCCCCCUGCAGCGGGGUUACCUGUCACGGGGAGCCCGCUAAAUUUUACGGAUACGAUAACUUACAGAGACAGCAGAUUUUUACGACACAGCAAGAGGCCGAGCUGGUACAAUAUCCUGACUGUAAAUCGUCCAGUGCUAAUAUUGGCGAGGAACCAGACCACUUAAAUCAGAGCUCGUCUCCUGCUCAAAUGUUUCCCUGGAUGAGACCACAAGCGCCGGGUAGGAGGAGAGGAAGACAAACAUACAGUCGAUUCCAGACACUAGAGCUGGAAAAGGAAUUCCUCUUUAACCCCUAUCUGACCAGGAAGAGGAGGAUCGAAGUGUCCCACGCAUUAGGACUCACCGAAAGGCAAGUAAAGAUAUGGUUUCAGAACAGAAGGAUGAAAUGGAAAAAAGAGAACAACAAGGACAAAUUCCCCGCUUCCAGACAGGAGGGAAAGGAAGGGGAGGCCAAAAAGGAAGCACAUGAUCUGGAAGAAGACAGAGCUGAGGGCCAGACGAAUUAAAUUUUGCCCUAAAAGCCUUUGCUAAAGACCAUCAGAAACAACCAGCACCACAGCCCGACGUAUCAGCCGGUCUCCCCUGUACGAGGUCUGCCGUGGGACGAGAGACCCAGUGUACCUCUGCGUGACAUUUCUCUGCUUCGGGUGCUUCAGUUGUUUAUGGUUUUGUUUUUAACCAUAUCCGGAACAAUCUCUAGAUUUAACAGUUCAUCUACUUCUUUUGCAAAUUUGAUACAGUUUGUAGCAAUACAUUUCUAAUGAUUUUUUUUUUCCAAUCUUAAAAGACGGUGAUUGCGAGAAACAACAUAAACUUCCUAAUAAUGAAUUCCAAUAAGCAGGAUAUUUAACGACGCUUUAUUAAUCAAGACAAGUGCACUUGUACUAUUUUAAUUCUUGUUCUUAUGUUGACUAAAUUAAAUAAAUUUAAUAAAUUUGAAGAGAACUUAGAAGUAUAUUUAACCUUUUGCUAUGAUAUUUGAUUAAAAUAAACCAAAUUUAUUCAAAUAUAAA